CUGACCGAAGAAGAACGAUGAGUUGCUGAAAACACAUCUGUAUCAGGAAAAUCGUUCCAGAAAUUUCUGCACUUCGGUUUUAAAAUGUUUAGAUAUUUGACGCAUAACCCACUUUUACUGAUGUCGUGAGUGGUUGAUGGUGUACUAAUUGAGAGAUGAGUUUUUGCAGCCUAUAGAAACAGUAAAAUUAAAUUUAACUUGAAAACAGCUGAUUUGUUGUGAGUGUGUACUGUGCGGUGAAGCAUAGGAGAAGUUGAAUCUCCGAGAAGUCGAUUUUACUGAACAAAAUACUUUGUUUUUCUGUAUUAGGUAAUAAGAUCAUCAGAUCAAGAGACGUAUUGUUCUUUCAUCAAAGAUCCAGAGAUGUACAGUUUUGAGGGUGAUUUCAAACGACGUCCUGUGGUGUCCCUAAGAGGAGCCAGUAAAAAGGAACCAACAUCAUCUCUCCUUCAGCGAAAUCAAGAUGAGAGAAAAAAGAGACAGGAAGAGAGAAAUAAACAGCUGAGUGCAACCAGAAUACAAUCCUUCCUCCGUGGUUCGCUGUCAAGACAGAGACUGAAGGCCGAGCUAAGGAGGCAGUGGGAUGUCCAGAUGGGGCGGGUCCAAGGGGGGAGUGCUUCGACAGCCACUUCCCUAGAUCCCGACACAUUACUAGCACUGCAGAGUCAUCUGGUCAUGUUCUUCAACGAAAGUGUUGAUUCACAGAGAUUGACUGUUCUCUGUCAAGUGAUAUUAAAGCAGAAAAGUCUUUGUACAGAACUAUUAAAAAAUCACCGGUCGACAUGGAUUCAUCAAAUCAGAAGAUUAUUGCUGCUUUGCUGCAGAAUGUUAAGGGGCAAUUCAUCGGUACCCAUUGCUAUGCCUUUGAGGAUGCUUGAAGUGUUUACCGAUGAGAGGGUAUUUAGCCAAUCAGAGAGCAUCACAGAGACUGAGAUAAGCCAAGCAGUGCGUGAUAUUCUUCUGUACCUUGUAAAGCAAGGUUACUACAGAUAUCUCAGAGCUCUUAUCGAUGACCGCUUACCACCAGGGAUGGAAUAUCCUAAUAUACCAACAUUGGCUAAGACAGCCCUUGAACUAGUACUGAGACCAACCAGGCUGGUCAAGAGACUACAAGAACAGACGACAAGCAGGAAUAUUGUCCUGUGCUCACUCUGCAAAGAACUCCUCUGUCUCCAAUUCACCGAGCCAAUCAACUCCUUCCUCCUGCCAGCCAUCAGCCAAUCCCCUUCUGCCUUUCCAGUAACCCAGCUGCUACAAGCCAUUGUGUCCACCAAUCAGAAUACAUGGCUGGAUGUCAAUCAUCUGGGGGUGGAGCCAACACCAUGGUUACUGUACUCAGUGAUGACUCUAGUGAAACCACUUCUAGCAACUCUUCAUAAUGAUGACAUCCUGCGAUACCUUCACCUCAUCAAGCUGAUAUUUCCCAUGCUGCCGGGGACCAGUGAUCGCCGUUUCCAUGGCAACGACGACGACUCGGACUCUGAAGAUGAUAUGGACGUAAUGGAAAAUCAAGUCGAGGGAGCCUCGUCUCUGUUUGAGAUUCGAGAUCACUGUCUUCAGACCCUGAACUCAGCUGACCAUGUCAACUGGCUUCUGACUGCCGUCUCUAAGAGUGAUGUCUCUGUCCUAACAGCAUUGUGUAGCAUCUGUCAUACACUCAUGGUGGAACAUAAGCUUCAUGUGCCAAGAACAAAAUUGCUGUAUUUAUUAGCAUUUAAUGAGCGGUUUUUGAGGCAUCUUUGGGAGGCGAUCAAGUCAGUUUCUACACCGGCUGUUACAGGGUCUCAGACUCCAUUGAUUCAGAUGUUAUCCAGCGGCUUCCCUCUGACAUCCACAGACAGUGAUCGUAUCAUCCCUCUAUUAUCUGUCUUCUGCUCUCUGUUUGGACAUUUACUCCUGUCUCUCCAUGAUGCAGAGUUCCAUGGUGAUACAAGAGGUGAUGCUCAUCACAGCCUGAUGCCCUUUAGACUGGAUGAACUAAUACACAUGAGUCUUUCAUUACGUAAUGCUUGUCUUGGAAUGAUUGAGUGCGCCCAUCCUGAGACUAGACCCACUGUCACCAAGGACUACACCAGAGCGAUGGCUAGCGUUGGUGUCUCGGCCCAUGGUAGAUCCUCUGAUGUGGCUUCUACAUGGAUGCAUGUUUUUAAGGUUACAGCCCAGCUUGUGAAACAGCUUCAUGAUCGAGAUACAAGAAAGCCCUUCUGUCCACCAAACCACUGGCUCGCUUCACACGUCAAUGUUUUUACUGAUAACAGGAUGAAAGGUUCAGGAGGUCACUUCCAUCCAGCAUUCCGGCCACGGCGGCUUCACUUCAUGCGGUCAAGUAUGGCCGUUGAAGAAGGCCCACUCCCAAUGUCCACCCUUGAGACCCGGAAGAUGACAAUCCUGGCCGAAAUGCCCUUUGUAGUCCCAUUUGAAGACAGAGUUAAGAUUUUCCGGGAUUGGAUUCAUAGAGACAAGGACGAGAACCAGGGUGAGUUUGCUGGAUUCAUUGCCGGUAGAACGAUAGACAUCAAUAUCAGGAGGAACUACAUCUAUGAAGAUGCCUACGAUCGCCUUAGACCAGAAAAUGAACCCAAUCUCAGGAAGAAGCUGCGAGUCAUCAUGAGAAAUGUCCAGGGUCUUGAAGAGGCGGGAAUCGAUGGAGGAGGAUUGACUCGCGAGUUUCUCUCUCAGCUCCUUAAGUCUUCCUUUGAUCCAAACCGAGGUUUCUUCAAGUCUUCUGCUGAUGAGCUUCUGUAUCCGAACCCACAGGCUUCACAGCUGGUGCCAGACUACCAGAAACAUUACUACUUCUUUGGGAGAAUGCUGGGCAAGGUACUGUAUGAGAAUCUAUUAGUGGAGCUUCCCUUUGCCAGUUUCUUCUUGACUAAGCUGCUGAGCAAACACGCUGAUGUGGACAUCCACCAUCUUGCCUCUCUGGAUCCGGAGAUGUACAAGAAUCUUCUGUUCUUGAAGGACUACACAGGAGACAUUACCGAGCUUGGACUGAACUUUACUGUUGUCGAUAAUGACCUUGGGGAGAUGCGCGUGUAUGAGUUAAAGACUGGAGGUCAUGAUAUCCCAGUAACUGCAAGCAAUCGUAUUGAGUACAUUCACCUGAUGGCUGACUACAGACUCAAUAAACAGAUGCGUCCCCACAUUCUAGCAUUCCGUCAGGGUUUAGCCAACGUGAUUGAUGCCGAGUGGCUGCAGAUGUUUGAUCAUCAAGAAUUACAGGUGCUGAUCUCUGGAGCCUCGGUUCCCAUCGACGUGGACGAUCUCAAAAGAAAUACAAAUUACUCAGGUGGCUACACGGUUGAUCAUCCUCUGAUUGAGAACUUCUGGAAGGUUGUUGAUGCCAUGGAUGACAACCAGAAGCGAGGUCUACUCAAGUUUGUCACAAGCUGUUCUCGACCUCCACUCCUUGGCUUUAAGGAAUUGUAUCCACCCUUCUGCAUCCAGUACGGGGGAAGCGAUGAGGAACGUCUUCCAUCGGCAAGCACUUGUAUGAAUCUUCUGAAAUUGCCUGAAUUUAAAGAUGACAGCACUCUGAAGACCAAACUAUUGUACGCUAUUGACUCAGAAGCAGGAUUUGAGCUCAGCUAGUUGUUGGAAUUUUUUAAUUCCACAGCGUUCUACGUACCUUACUGCUUUAUGCAAUAAAAGAGUGAAAGCAAACACUGUUCACACAGGUAUUUUAUUCUCGAUAUAAGCAGAGCCAGUUGUGAGAAUGCCUAAACCACAACAAUCUGCUGGAGGUUAAAACUCUGCAGACCAAACUGUUCUGCAACAACGAUUCUGGAGUAGGGUUUCAGAUGAAGCUGUUACCAGCAUUUGGAGGCCUUUGCUGCUCUGCAUUCGGCAAACCAAACUUGUUUAACAUUGACCAUGGAGGUUGAAACUCUGCAGACCAAACUGUUCUGCAACAACGAUUCUAGAGGAGGGUUUCAGAUGAAGCUGUUACCAGCAUUUGGAGACCUUUGCUGCUCUGCAUUCUGCAAACCAAACUUGUUUAACCUUGACGUUGGAGGUUGAAACUCUGCAGACUAAACUGUUCUGCAAUAACGAUUCUAGAGGAGGGUUUCAGAUGAGCCUGUUAACAGCAUUUGGAGGCCUUUGCUGCUCUGCAUUCGGCAAACCAAACCUGUUUAAAGGCAGUAGACACUAUUGGUAAUUACUCAAAACAAUUAUUAGCAUAAAACCUUAUUUGGUAAGGAAUAAUGGGAAGAGUUUGAUAGUUUUAACCUUGUGAGAAACAGCUCCCUUUGAAGUGACAGAGUUUUCGAGAAAGAAG